AUGAUCGUCGCCACAUGGAACAUAAGGGGACUGCAGCAACUCCCCACUCAAGCUGCAGUCGUCGAUUUUGUGCGAACACAUAAGAUCGACGUCAUGGGUCUUUUGGAAACGAAGUUCACAAAGGAGAACUACACUUUCUUCCUCGAGAACAACUUCAGAGAUUGGAAAGCCGUGGACAACUUUGAGCUCAUCGAAAACAGCCGGAUGCUUCUAAUCUGGAAUCCAAGUAGAGUGGAACUCGAGCCGAUCAGACUGGAAGAACAAGCCAUCUACGCCAAAAUCAGGUGCUUGACUUCUAAUAACUCGUUUCAUUUUGUUUUGGUUUAUGGUUUACACACUAUACCGGAUGGACGUCCCCUAUGGGACUCGUUAGUCGAGCAUGUGAUGCAGGAUGAACCGACACUUGUUAGCGGGGAUUUCAACAACGUGCUCGCAGAUGAUGAGAGAAUAGGGGGCACCGUCCCAACCGAAUAUGAGAUAAAGAACAUGGUGGACACGUGUGCCUUGCUCGGUUUGGAAGACAUCAUGUCUACGGGAUGCAAGUACACUUGGACGAACCAUGCUAUAUCGAGCAAGAUUGAUAGGGCCAUGAUCAACGACGCUUGGUUCACCAAAGGAUACUUGGCUAGUACAGAGUUUUCUCCAUCGGGAUCGUACACGGACCACUCACCGGCCGUCACUACACUCUUUGGUAACAUUGUCUCGUACCCAAAGCCAUUUAAAUUCUUUAACUUUUGGCUCAAGCAUGCAGGCUUCAAUAAGCUCGUGGAGGAUAAUUGGUCCUCCAACAUCCGAGGGAAGGCUCAAUAUGUGCUCGCCGAACGUGGAAAUGAAAUCAAGAAGCAUCUCAAGGAGUUCAACUUCAAGGAAUUCAGUGAGCUCUCAAAGAGGGCCAAGGAGGCUGGGGAGAAGCUCGAGGCGAUGCAAAAAUAG